GGGCCUCUAGCCCCUACUCCUUGUCCAGGAAACCGCGGAAAACCUGGAGUUCGGCCGGGAACGCACUCCGUUUUGAAUUUUUCAGUGAUUGGCAUCCAAGUCUAGGAAGAAGUGCACGAAGCUGACGAGCAGAGUGAGGAAGGUAAUUGACAAAGAGCACCCAUGCUAAUCGGAAGGCAUCGGAGACCAGAGGCCCAGUACCGGACCCUUUUUUAUCCCAAAAACACCAAUCACCGAAGGAAGACCUAUAUUGGUGAAAGCAGGAGGAGAGUGUCCUCAAGGAUGAAAGAGCACGAAAGAGCGGUCAUAUUAAAGCAUCCUGAACAGUCAGGAAUAGCGGAACACCAUAUGGAAACUGGUCAUAAAAUAUUAUUCGAAAACACAUCUAUUACAACCAAAGCCUCUGAUUUCUUCUUCAGAAAUCCCCAAGGAGUAAUAGAAAUAAAAAAAACAAUCAACAACAUAAAUCGCGACAAGGGAUAUUAAGUAAACCCUAUUUGCAACACUCUUCUCC